AUGUCGAAGGAUCAGGCUUUGAAGCGCAGUGCGCAAAAUCUUAAUAAUUCGUUGAAUAACAACACGCCCAAUAAACCAACGAAAUCAAAGAUUCUGAAACCUAAUAGCAAUAGGAAAGAAACAGACAAAGAAGAAGGGACUAAACAAGUAGAUUUAAACGACAUUUAUGACAUGCUGAAGACGAUGAUGUCCAAGCUAGAAAAACUCGAAACUAUAGAAAAAAAUGUCAAGUCUCUAGACGACGAUUUGAAAUCGGUUAAAGCUUCGUUGGAAUAUGCACAGGCAGAGGUUAAAGAUUUAAAGAAGGACAGUGAGGCGCGGAAGAAAAGUGAAGAAGAUACGAAGAAAAGAGUCGAAAGCUUAGAAAAGCAAAACGCCAUGUUACACAAUAGCAUAAUUGAUCUGAAAACACGCUCAAUGCGUGAUAAUUUUAUUUUCCACAAUAUCAAAGAAAGUCCUGAAGAAAAUACUACUGCGAUUAUCCAUCAACUACUGGAAGAGAAAUUCAACAUCGAAGACGCGACAACAUAG